GAACACUUGUGUUGUUUCUUGUAGCAAGGCAUUCUAUACUCUUUGAUGGAUAAAAUGUUGACCAAAUAAUAACUACUCACCACGAUCAUGGAUACAGAAUUACGACAAAUACGUGUGAUGUCCAGAGAGGAAGACGAAAUAGAGGAGCUAGGCAGUGUCGUUACUGAAGAGGAAGAAGAAGGAGUAAAAGAUUCAGUUAUAUUCAAUCCAGGAUCCUGCCUCCACACAAAGAAGUUUGCCUGUGUCUUCAUACCAUGUGUUUUGCCUCUCUUCUAUCUUGCAGGGGAAAUGUUGUUUGGAGUAUCUGUUCUUUGCCUGAUGGGAAUGUACUUGGUUGAACAUACCUCUAAGAGCAAGAAGAGUUCUAUUGUGACAUCUGUCAUAAGUGUACUAGCAUUACAAUUAACUAUCCUCUAUAGUCUUCUACCAUACAUAUGGAAAUCCUUGUUUAACAUUGGCCUUGUUUUCAUCUAUAAUGUCUUCCUUGUUUUGUCAGGAGGGGUUGGUCUUUUACAUCUAAAGCAGUUGCAAUAUGAAGAGCCAGGUUUUGUUGUGUAUCUGGAAUACAUCUUGUUUGUUUCUUACCCACUUACUGGCCAGUUUGUCAUUUGUUAUAUUCUUGGACCAAUGGAGAAGACCCUAUUCUUCUUCAACAUGCUAUCCAUUCCUGGAUCAAUGUUUAUCAUCAUCUACUUGUUGGAAUUUCUACAUCUGGUAACAUGGCUUAAACUUUUGUUGUGUGGUGUCUUUCCAGUUUUUCUCUGCACUUGUUUGGAUUCAAAAGAAGUCAUGGAUUUCCUAGACUUUCCAUCGAAACGAGUUUCACAAGUAAGAUGGUUAUCUGGGCUUCUCAGUCUGUUCCUUGUCCUAGUGAUAAUGUGGUCUAGUGGAGUGCUGUCUUUCAAGGUGAUCCCAGUAUUGAUAGGCUCUGCAGUACUGGGCUUGGUCAUGGGUAUAUCUGCUAAAACUGCUGAAUCCAAGGUUCAUCAUGUUUCAAGCCUCCUCUUUGUCUUUCUUCAUGUAUUCUCACUGUGGACAGUAGUAUUUAACGUUGGAAACCUGUUCAUAACUCCCUCUGUCCAUAACCUUUUAUUGAUACUUCUUAUGUCCAGUUUGGCUGUGCUGUCUGCUAUGGCUGUUGUUAUGUCUAAUAACACGAAAAAACUGCAUUUCAGUUUGGUCUUGAUUUUGCAGUCUAUUGGUAUGGUUAUAUGUGAGCACCUUUUACUGGGCCAGCAACUUUACUCGGUACACUAUGCAUUGCUAACAGGCCUUAUAACAAUUUAUGUCACUGCAAGGUUGUACAUUGUUGGUGUGGCUAGUUGGCAUGUAGCAUGGCUGUGUUCAAGUAUCCAUUGUAGUAAACUAUUCAUGUGUAUAUACUUCUUCUUACCACAACAUGCACUAGAGCAGGGAUUCCUUCUCCCCAAUAUCCUUCGAGUCAAUCCCACUUCACUCGGUCUACUGUUCAGCUUGGUUGUUUUACGACUGUUAAUCUUUUACGACGAGAAAACAGUCAGUCUUACAGAGGGUGUUAAGAUGUGUUUCGGAAUAGGUGCAGGUCUCUUUCUUGUCUAUGAUUCUCUUAUUUUACCGCUGUGGCUGGUGUUGACCAAUCAAUGGCCAUCUACUGCUGAUGCUGCAGCCACUUUGUUAUUGUUGUGGGGCCUUUUAUGUCUCAAAGUAUCUCUUGUACAACUAUCGCACAAUCUUGAUGCCAGAAAGCUUAACAUCGUGCUCCUGUGUGGAGGGGUGUUGGUGGAAUUUGUUCAACCAGAAUUUAAUCCAUUUAAGGUUUGUUGGAGCUUUGUUGUCUAUUUUGUUUCUCUUAUUUGGCCUUUACAAGGUUGGGAAUCUCUUUUGGCAGAAGACCAGUGCCUGCCCUGGUUAUUAAUGAUAUCAGCUAUAACAGCUUUAGUAGUAUUGGUCAAGUUGAUCAGGGUCGAGCAGUACUCUAUUUUGGGAAGAAUGAUGAUAUCAUUUUUGGUUGGAUUCCCCAUUGGUCUAAAAACUGCAUCUUUGCUGCUUCCGCUGCACCGUCCUCCAUUUCUAUGCCUCAGUUACGGUCUGGCCUCAACUUUAGUCAUCUUUUUACUCGUUUCUUCGUGGACAGAAGUAGUGACUUCUCAUCGCGUUUAUCGCGGAAUUGGUACUCCUCUUGUCCAAUCAGAAUCGAGUAAUUUUGUUGAGUGUAUUAUAAUACAUUUAUUGUACUCCAUCAAGUCCCACCUCGCCUUGGAAGCAUUGUUUCGUGGUCACUUAAGCGAAUACAGUCGGGAAAUGUCUAUUCAGUAUCAUAUUCAUUUUCGUUUCUCGUAUUAUCCUAUUCCAUUUAGGUACAGUUACGUUGGGCUGAUAGUUAGUUUAUUGAUAUCGUUUUUCCUUGAGUCUUCUAUGGAUAAGAAUAGCCAAACAAGUCAGAGAGGUACGGAGCACAGAGGUUUGCUUGCUUCGUCUCCAUUUUUAGUCUAUCAUCUUGUACUUCAUCUUAUUCUUGCUAUAAGUCUCAUGAAAGAAGCCCCUCCGUCCAGAGAAAGUUUGGAGGACACCAAAGGCAAGAUGCCUCCAACAACUGCUCUCUUGAGUUCCUCAUUUCUUGCCAAUAUAUCUGUAAUGUUGUCAUGUGCCCUGGGGUUGAUGUGUACUCCAGACCAGUACUGGGAAUUAUGGGUAUCGCUAUGUACCUGUAUCUUUCUGUUAUGGAGGCCUGAGGGAUUCAGUAUUUAUGAUGCUCGCCGUAUUAACAUCAGUCCAGCUUUACCUGCUUGUGUCUUCUUGUGCCUGAGUCUGUAUGUUGGCACGAUUAUUUCAGCUUUUCCAACAAGUACAGGAAUAUUAUCAAGCAUUGGAUUUUGUUUAGAAAUCAUCUUUCUUCACUGUGCUCUUCCCACCUAUUACGGCCUAGCGCAUGCUCUAUGGAAGAAAGAGAUGCCGCUGGCACUACAACAGUGGGUCGUUUUCUGUGCACCUGCGAACGUAGUCCUUUUAUUUUACUGCUCGACCUUAGCUGGCCGUGUUCUUGGAGUACUCGGAAUAGCAUCUACUUACUGGAUAUUUUUUAAUGUCGAAUGUAACGACUUUAAGAACACCAGUUAAUACAAGUAGUUUUGUAAUGUUAGAUAGUUCAUAUUCAGAACAUAAAUGUCCAAGAGAGCAUAAAUAUUAUUUAUGCUGUCUUAAAAUCUCCUA